AUGGUCGAUUCUGGAUCGCCAAUCACAAUUGUUCCUGUCCUUCCAUCUGAGAAGCAUCUUCCUUCAGUGGACUCCGGCUUGAUUUCCGCAAGUGGCGCUCCGAUUAAACAGUUUGGGUCGUCACCUAUCAGCAUCCCUAUUAAUGGUGAGAAAUUCGAUUUCACUGCAGCGAAGUGCGAUGUG